AUGGCUACGCCAAAGUUGGCUCGGAUUGGAGGCAGCAAGGUCCGCAGCGGUUGUAUUACUUGCAAAAGGCGUCACCUAAAGUGCGACGAAGGGAAGCCCAGUUGCCAGAGAUGCAUACGAAGCAAAAGAGAAUGCAAGGGCUAUGUCGAUCUGGUCAAGAGCGCAAAGCCGAGCAGAAAGGGCCAGGCUUUCGUUGUCUAUGUCCCGGAACCCCUCUACACAAUGACAUCUCUUCCAGACAUGGAUUGGAGAGAAAAGCGGUCUUUCAACUUCUUCCGGAAUCGAACAGCCGGUGAAUUAGCUGGUCAUUUCCGUCCUGAGCUGUGGUCUCGGUUCGUGCUGAACACGGCCCAUCAUGAAGACGCUAUCAAGCACGCAGUGAUAGCCAUUGGCGGGCUACACGAACUCUUCUUAUGUCCUUCGCCCUCCGCAGAUCCUUCUCUACUUGCAUUUGCCAUGCAGCACUACGGUAGAGCCAUGCACCAUGUGGUUAGGCUCGAUACAAGCAAAUCAGCUCGGGCGGUCGACGUUGCGUUGACCGUGUCAGUCCUUUUCGCCUGCAUUGAGAUCCUCCGAAAACAUUUUGCCUCUUCACUGAGCCACAUAUACUCUGGCAUGAGAAUAUUAGCAGAGCUGGCUCGUCGCUCUGAGAACACCCCAGAACACUACCUGCCGAGACAUCUACUAGUCCAGAUGUACUUGAGGCUAGACACUCAGGUCAUGGAGUUUGGGAAGGAUGGAUUCCAAGCGCCUCCGGCUUUUGCGAUAACCUCAGUCACUCCCAUCCCUACCACUUUCGGUGAUACUGACGAGGCUCGGGCAUCCUUCGAAAUGUGUCGCUACCAGAUAUUGCACUUUGCGCGCGAUGUCCAAGCUGCGAAAAAGAAGUGUGAUUCGCCCAGCGCAUAUCUCCAGGAUCUCGAUGGUCGAUACCAAGUACUUCGACAGCACUUCAACGAGUGGGUAAUGGCUUUUCAACGCAUGUUACAAAGGAAACGAAGCUACGACAUCGCGGGCCUUACCCUCAGGGCGUCGAGCAUUGCCCUAGAUAUCAUUCUAAGCUCAUGCAUGGAGCACAACGAGAUGGUCUUCGACCUAUUGACGCACAAGUUUAGGGAGCUGCUCAUGGUUUCAGAGGAGAUAGUGCAUGCGAUGCUACAAGACACCAGACCGAGAAAAACAUCUAAACAUCUUGGAACCACUUGCCAAGAUGGCACCCGCGCCGCUUCUACCUCAACAUCAGUUUAUCGUACAGAGCCUGUCAUUUCCAUGAACCUUGGAAUCGUCCCACAUCUCUACAUGGCAGCAACAAGAUGCCGAGAACCAGAUAUUCGACAGAAGUCUUUGUAUCUGCUGAAGAUUAUCAAGAGGCGGGAAGGGAUUUGUGACAGUGACACGUUGGCGGCCUUUGCGGAAAAGUUCGUUACGGAAGAAGAGGAGAGGGCUCGAACACAAAUGCAAGGUGUGCAUAGCGAUGACAAAAGCCAAAUCAAGCUUCACUCAUCCACACAAAUCCCGGAGACGGUCAGAAUCCCAGUCUUACAACAUCGACCACGAGAUCUUGACGCCAUAUGA